UCCUAUAUUCCGGUGACCGGUGGAACAGUAAAGUGAAAACACAGACACAGUUCUUCUGGUCUACCUGGUGCGCACAUUAAUAUUAGUGGUGGUGGUGGUAGUGGAAACAUGACCAUGACUGCGACACCUCACUUAUAGCUUCUUAUUGUGAAUUCCUUGACCCCCUGUAGCUUAAAAUUACAAGCAUCAUUCUCCAAUCACACACCACAAACAAGUUUUUUUGAUUUUUUUAUAAUAUAUGUAUAAUUUAUAAAUAUAAUACAAUAACAUAGUUAGUGGGCUACGUUUCCAAUUUGUUGUUUUUUUAUUAUAUAAUUAAAAUUGAUGUUUGAGUGAGGCUCUAUCUGAAGGUAUGGAAGGAGGGCCUUGUUGGGUUCUGCAGCUUCAGUUCUGGGAGGAACCCACUGGUCAACUAGGAAGAGCUUCUCGUUUCUCAAAGUAACUUUCUACGUUUGCUGUAUAGAUGUGUUGUUGAAUCUUGAUUGAAUUGCUGUACUGAUCAGCCCAUAGAGAAUGAAUUCACCAUCCGCGCAGUUUGUUUCCUCGAGAAGGAUGAGCGUUUACGAUCCGAUCCACCAGAUUAGUAUGUGGGGAGAAAGCUUCAAAAGUAAUGGUAAUUUAAGUGCACAAAUCCCCUUAAUUGAUGAGGCAGACAUGAAGUUUGAUAGUCAGUCAGAGGAUGCUUCUUUUGAUAUACUGGGAACAUCUAACAACUAUGAACAAGAAGCUAACAGACCUAUUGAUAAGAUACAAAGACGUCUCGCACAAAAUCGAGAGGCUGCUCGUAAGAGCCGUCUGCGGAAAAAGGCCUAUGUUCAGCAGCUAGAAUCAAGUCGUUUGAAAUUGAUGCAGUUGGAGCAAGAGCUUGAUCGUGCAAGACAUCAGGGAAUGUAUAUAGGUGGUGGUGGAUUGGAUUCUAAUAACAUGGGUUUUGCAGGAUGUGCAAAUUCAGGAAUUACAACCUUUGAGAUGGAGUAUGGAAAUUGGGUGGAGGAACAAAGUAGGCGAAUCACAGAAAUGAGAGGUGCUUUAAAUGCUCAUAUUGGUGACAUGGAGCUUAGGAUUCUGGUAGAUGGCAUGAUGAACCACUAUGCCGAAAUCUUCCGCAUGAAAUCCGCUGCUGCAAAAGCAGAUGUUUUCUAUGUAAUGUCUGGUAUGUGGAAAACAACAGCCGAAAGAUUUUUCUUGUGGAUUGGAGGCUUUCGCCCCUCCGAGCUUCUAAAGGUUCUUGCCCCUAUGAUUGAACCCUUGACCGAGCAACAACGGUUGGAUAUUGAGAACCUUGGACAAUCAUGUCAACAAGCAGAGGAUGCCCUGUCACAAGGUAUGGUUAAACUCCGGCAAACGCUAGCCGAUAGUGUAGCGGCUGGACAAUAUGUUGAAGUUCCGCAGAUGACUUCUGCCUUGGAGAAGUUGGAAGCUCUUGUGAGCUUUGUCAACCAGGCUGAUCAUCUUCGGCAAGAAACCUUGCUGCAAUUGUCGCGAAUACUUACAAUCCGCCAAUCAGCUCGAUGCUUACUUGCUUUGGGAGAAUAUUUCCAACGCCUGAGGGCUUUAAGCUCACUAUGGUCGAAUCGACCCCGUGAACCUGCUUAGUCACACAAGAUUACAAGAACAAAAACUUGUGAUUAUGAACGCGAUGUGAUGUAGUUUCUCUGGCCUUGAGCAUCAAAUUUUUCCUGCAGUCUUGCGUUUUGGAGAAGUUGUGAAUAUGGCUGCUUCGUUUAUUUCAUCCAUAGGAGUUUGUAAAUAAAUUAAUUUUGGACGCAUGUUGUAUAUUAGAUUGUUGCAAAAUGAAGUAUUUAGAAACUGUAUGAGCCUGUGUGAAAUUAAAGUUGGUCUUGUAAAAUGCAUAUAAUAACAUCUGCUUUUGAAACUUAGUAUACCCUGCUUGUGGACA